GCGGUCGCUCGGUCGCUCGGUGUCGGUGUCAAGAACGCUCGGGCCGGACUGAUCAGGAGGAGGCAGCAGGUUGGAGAUGUCGUGGUGUGAAGGUUCUGGAGGCAAGAUGACUGUAGUCAAGUUGCUCCUCUCCUUAUUGCUGCUACACAAACUUUCUGAAGCCUCUAAUCAGCCGCCUCGUUUCCAGAAUUACUUCUUCCAGUCAUACCUGCUCAUCUAUGAGAACACACCAGUGGGUACAUCCAUUACCCAGCUGCAGGCGGUCGACCCAGACGGCGAGCCCUUGAUUUUCGGUGUGGUCGGGGAAGAGGCCAUGCGGUACUUCGCUGUGCAGGAGACGACUGGGGUUGUGUGGCUGAGACAGCCGCUCGACAGGGAGUCCAAGUCAGAGAUGCAGGUGGAGUUCUCAGUCAGUGACAGUCAAGGGGUCGUCAAGAAUACAGUGAACAUUCAGAUCGGAGAUGUAAAUGACAAUGCACCAUCAUUUCUCAACCAGCCUUAUGCUGUUCAAAUACCAGAGAACACUCCAGUGGGAACGUCCGUGUUCAUGGUGAACGCGACAGACCCGGAUCAGGGCGUGGGCGGCAGUGUGCUCUUCUCCUUCCAGCCUCCCUCUCUGUUCUUCUCCAUUGACGGGGCCAGAGGAAUCGUUACUGUGACGAGAACGCUGGACUAUGAGACGACAACUGCCUACCAGCUCACUGUUAAUGCCACGGACCAGGAUAAACGGCGUCCGCUCUCGAGUCUGGCUAAUUUGGCGAUUACCAUCACUGAUAUUCAAGACAUGGACCCCAUCUUCACCAACCUCCCCUACAGCACUAAUAUAAUGGAGGACGCACCACCAGGUUAUGAAGUCCGUAAGAUCAGGGCGAUCGAUCAAGACUUAGGUCGACCACGUGGAAUCGGAUAUACAAUCAUAUCAGGUAACACCAACAGCAUGUUUGCUCUCGACUACAUCAGCGGAUCCCUGACAGUGAGUGGACAGCUGGACCGGGAAAAUCCCCUGUACUCAUCCGGAUUUACAAUCACAGUAAAGGCCACAGAGCUGAAUGAGGAUCGCACACCCUCGUCUGCCACCGUCAUGACCACCUUCACCAUCCUGCUGAUCGAUAAAAAUGACAAUCCGCCCAGGUUUAACAGCUCCGAGUAUCGCGUCCUGAUCCCAGAGCUGGCGCAGGUCGGCUUCGCGCUGCCUCUGUACAUACAGGUCGAAGACAAAGACGAGGGGGUGAACAGCAUGUUUCAGGUGGUCCUAACAGGGAAUAACUCUGAGCACUUCAGCAUCUCUCCCACCUCAGUGCAGGGCAGAGCAGACCUCCGUGUGCGUGUGGCCGUCCCGCUGGACUACGAAACCAUCAGGAGCUACAGCUUUUCUGCCACGGAUAAUGACAUUGGCACGUUUGGAGUGGUUCGGUAUUACUUCAGCGAUGAGCCAGACCAGUUCUCAUUGGAUGUUGAGACAGGUUGGGUGACUCUUCGAGACCGGUUGGAUUAUGAGCUCAUGAGACGCUUUACUCUAACAAUACUGGCCCGUGAUGGAGGAGGGGAGGAGACUACAGGACGCCUUCGCAUUAACGUGUUGGAUGUAAACGACAAUGCGCCAGUCUUCCAGAAGGAGGCGUAUACGGGUUCACUCAUGGAGAACGAACAGGCUCCACAACAAAUAGUCCGAGCCCGGGCGACGGAUGAGGACUCUCCUCCCAAUAACAUCCUGACCUACUCCAUCAUCUACGCCUCUCAGUUCAGGUCAUAUUUCAGCAUCAGUGUGGUGGAGGGCUACGCAGUCAUCACCGUGAAUCGUCCUCUGGAUUAUGAGCAGGUUCCAGGUGGACUGAUCUUUCUGACACUGAUGGCCAGAGACGGAGGGAACCCGUCCCUCAACAGCACUGUUCCAGUCACCAUAGAGCUGUUUGAUGAGAAUGACAACCCACCUGAGUUCAGCCUCCCGUCUUACAUCGUCAACAUAGCCGAGAAUAUCAUUGCAGGAGCGACGGUGUUGUUUGUGAAUGCCACAGAUCUGGACGCGUCUCGGGAGUUUGGUCAGGUCUCCCUCAUAUAUUCCCUGCAGGGCAGCUCACAGUUCAGACUCAACACUCGCUCAGGAGAGAUCACUACCACAGCUCUUCUGGAUCGAGAGAUGAAGUCUGAGUAUAUUCUGAUCGUAAGAGCCGUGGAUGGAGGGGUGGGACCACAGCAGAAAACCGGCAUCGCUACGGUGAACAUCACUGUUCUGGACAUAAAUGAUAAUGCCCCCAUGUGGCGAGAUGAACCGUAUCAAGCAAAUGUUGUGGAGAUGAGUCCCAUCGAUACUGACGUCAUUACUGUAUUAGCGGUGGACCCUGAUUAUGGUGAUAAUGGGACGGUGGUCUACUCUAUAAAUCCAGAGAACCCCUUCUACACCAUCAACCGCAACACCGGGAAGAUCCGCACCAGUGGGGCGGUGCUGGACAGAGAGAGUCAAAACGCCCGCUCCGCACAGCUUAUGAGGACCAUCAUUGUCUCUGCUACCGACCGUGGGACGCCGCCACUGCGCUCUUCAGCCAGCGCUACGGUGUAUGUGAACCUCCUGGAUCUCAACGAUAAUGAUCCUGCCUUUUUAAACCUCCCAUUUGUCGCUGAAGUACCAGAGGGGCUUCCUAUUGGAUCAUCUGUGUUUAGGGUGCAGGUGCAGGACCCUGAUGAAGGUGACAAUGGUGCGGUAACCAUGGCCCUCCAGAUGGGGAUGCCGCGGCUGGACUUCAGGCUCAACACCACCACAGGAGUCCUGGUUUCCACCGCAGUGCUGGACCGCGAGCAGAUUGGCCAGUAUUAUCUGAGGAUCAUUGCAUAUGACGCAGGCCAGUUUCCACGAACAUCCACGAGUACUCUCACUAUCACAGUUUUGGACGUGAAUGAUGAGACGCCAACCUUCUUUCCCAGCAUUUAUAACGUAUCCCUGUAUGAAAGCGUGCCCCGUGAUUUUGUGGUGGUCAGACUGAACUGCACGGAUAAUGACACGGGUCUUAACGCAGAGCUCAGCUAUUUUAUCACAGGAGGAAACCAGGAUGGAAAGUUUAGCGUGGGUUUCCGGACCGGAGUAGUACGGACCGUGGUUGGUCUGGACCGCGAGACUCAGGCCUCGUACAGGCUAGUGAUUGAAGCAAUUGAUAAUGGACCAGCGGGAGGUCGGAGGACAGGAACAGCUACAGUAUAUGUGGAGGUGCUGGACGUCAAUGACAACAGGCCUAUAUUCCUCCAGAACAGCUAUGAGACCAGUGUCCUGGAGAACAUACCCAGAGGAACUAGUAUAUUACAGGUUCAGGCCACAGAUGCAGAUCAGGGGGAGAAUGGAAGAGUUCUGUACAGGAUUCUGUCUGGCAUCAAUGGUCAGUUUACUGUGGACAGUCUGUCUGGACUCAUCAGCAGAGGAACUGUGGCUCUGGACCGAGAGACACGCAGCUCUCAUGUGCUGGAGGUGGAGGCCUACAACAGUGACCAGGGCAGCAUGCGCAGCUCUGUCAGGGUGAUUGUGUAUGUGGAGGACGUGAAUGACGAGUCUCCAGUCUUCACUCAGUCGCAGUACAAUCGUCUGGGGCUCAGAGAGACCGCUGGUAUCGGUACAUCUGUAGUAGUGGUCCGAGCUACAGACCCCGACACAGAGGAUGUCCAGCAUGUCAUAAACUGGACAGACGUCCAACCAUCUGUGUCUUCGCAGGGUCGUAUUACUGUGACGGGACUGUUGGACAGAGAGCUGGGCGAUUCAUACACUCUCACUGUUGUGGCCGAUGAUGGAGGACCCAAGAGAGACUCCACUGUGAAGGUGUCAAUCACCAUUCUCGAUGAGAAUGACAACAGCCCAGAGUUUGACAUCACUUCGGAUUUGUCGGUGGAUAUUCCAGAAGACACACCAAUUGGUCAGAGAGUUGCGGUCGUGUUGGCGCGGGACAAAGACGCUGGAAGAAAUGGACUGGUGAUUUUCACCUUAAUCGCGGGGAACAUGCAGGAUGUGUUUAAGAUCAACACAGCCAAUAAUACAUAUGGAGAAGUUUACUUGAAUGCGCGUCUGGACCGUGAAGCCGUGGACCGUUACCUGCUUAAAAAUGUGGGUGGUGGUACGUCGGUCCUGCGUGUCAUAGCAACAGAUCGUGACAUCGGACCAAAUGCCAUGCUGUCAUACUACAUCACCGGUGGGAACCAAGACCUGACCUUCAGAAUGGACCGUAUGACGGGAGAGAUAGUGACCCGUCCGUCACCUCCUGACAGAGAAAAACAGCAGCAGUACACACUCACUGUGACUGUGGAAGAUGAUGGAAUGGCGCCUUUAUCAACGUCCACCACCAUUUGGGUCCGUAUAAUUGAUGAAAACGACAACGCGCCUGAGUUUCCGGAGGAAGAGUAUGUGACGGAGCUCAGAGAGGGGCCAAACACAGUAGGAGCCAUUAUCGCAACGGUUACUGCGAUCGACCCGGAUGAAGAACUCAACGGAACCAUCCGUUAUGCCAUCUCCAAGGGCAACCUGGCCCAGACGUUCCAGAUCAAUAGCAUAACGGGUCAAAUCGUGGUCAUUAAGGAGCUGGAUUAUGAGAUCAGUAAUGGUCAUUAUGUGCUGACUGUCACAGCCACAGACCAGUGUCCUAUACCUCAGUUCAGACUGACCUCCAGCACCACAGUCCUGGUGAAUGUGGUAGACGUGAACGAUAACGCACCCAUCUUCCCGAGACCAUUUGAGGGUCCGUUUGAAAUCACAGAGGGGCAGCCGGGCCCACGUGUGUGGACCGUUAAAGCCACGGACGCCGACUCGGGAUCCAACGGAAAAGUGGAGUACAGCAUCACCGCAGGCGACCUGAAAAAUGAGUUUGUAAUUUCAUCUGUUGAGGGAGAGUUAAGAGUGAGAAGAGAUGUAGAGCUGGACAGAGAAACUAUCGCCUAUUACAACAUCACCAUUACUGCCAAAGAUCUGGGAACGCCAGCGCUCAGCGCUACGAAUGACAACAGGCCCAUCUUCACCCAGUCCAGCUACAGGGGCGAGAUCAGUGAAAACUCACCCACAGGCACCACUGUGUUGAUUCUAAACGGCCCAGUUCUAGCAGAGGACAAAGACAUUGGGGAGAAUGCAGUGGUGAGGUAUCGUCUUCUGGGAAGCAGAGUGGACCUCUUCUCCAUAGACUCCCGCACAGGGGUGGUAUCAGUGCGUGGGGGUGCUGUACUGGACCGGGAGGCUUUCUCUGUGCAACGGGUGGAGCUGUUUCUGCUUGGGGAGGAUGUGGGAGGUUUAAACAGCACAGUUCCACUCACUAUCACCAUCCUUGACAUAAACGACAACCCACCUGUCUUCAAUCCAUCCAGUUUCACUGUACACCUGCCAGAAAACAGCCCCACAGGUGUGGUAGUAACACAGCUCUCGGCGAGUGAUGUUGAUGCGGGCUCUAACGGUUGGCUGCAGUAUCGCUUAGACAGCGGCGCUCAGGACCGUUUCAUCGUUGAUGCUCUCUCUGGUGCCGUUGUGGUCGGCAAUGCUACGCUGGACCGAGAGGAGCGUAGCUCGUACCGUCUAGUUGUCAUAUCAACUGACCGAGGCACACCCCCUCUCUCGGGAACGGCGACGUUAACUGUUGUUCUGGACGAUGUCAAUGACUCCCGUCCUCGUUUCAUAAGGCCUGUGCAGACCAUCAGCGUUAACGAGUCAACACCGCCAGGAGAGGUCAUAGCUACGCUCACCGCUGAGGACCCUGAUCUACGACCUCGCCUGGAGUAUUACAUCAUCUCUGUGGAAGCAAAGGAUGAUGGGAAUAAUCCAGUGGAUGGGCUGCAGCAGUCAUUUGGAAUUGACUUUUACACAGGUGCUGUUUUUGUACGAAACCCCUUGAACCGAGAGCUUGUUGCCACUUUUGAGAUCAUUGUAUCAGUGCAUGACAACGCCAGUGAUAUUAUUGACAUGUCCGUCAGUGUACCCAAUGCCAAACUGACCAUCAACGUGCUGGAUGUGAAUGACAACGCUCCUCGUUUUCGUCCUUUCGGGGUAGCGAACUUCUCCGAGAGGAUUCUGGAGGGUGCCGUGCCUGGUACCACACUGCUGUCGGUGACUGCUGUGGAUCCUGAUAAAGGACCCAACGGUCAGAUCAUCUAUCAGCUCCUACACCUGCCCCGUGGAGACUACAUAAGACUUGAAGACCCAUCUACAGGUAAAAUUGUGGCCAAUCGGACAGUGGAUUAUGAACAAGUGCAGUGGUUAAACUUCACGGUACGUGCUCAGGAUCACGGCACGCCUCCUCGCUUUGCUGAACUUCCUGUCUAUCUGAGGAUUGUUGAUGUCAACGACAACAACCCAGUCUUUCAACAACCUUUAUAUCAGAAGUCUAUUUUUGAGGAUGUUGCACUCGGCACUAUUAUUGUAAGCGUGAGUGCGACAGAUGCAGACUCUGGCCUGUUCUCUGUCAUUGAAUACGGGCUAGUGGAUGGAGAGGGCAAGUUCGGCAUCACACCCACUACGGGUGACAUCUACAUCCUGUCUGCCCUGGACAGAGAGACCAAGGACCGUUACACUCUCACAGCCUACGCCAGGGACAACCCUGGAGGCAGCCCCAACAACCGCAGGGAAAACUCUAUUCAGGUGCAGUUAACAGUCCUGGAUGUAAAUGAUUUCCGUCCACGCUUCUCAGAGAGAGUUUUCACCACUAGUGUGUUUGAGAAUGAGCCGGUUGGUACGUCAGUGAUCACAAUGAAGGCCAUUGACCUCGAUGAGGGGGAGAAUGCAUUACUUACUUAUAGUCUACAGGGUCCUGGAGCGGAUGCGUUCUCUCUGGAUCCUGACACUGGGCUGAUUCGCUCCCUGCGGUUCCUGCAGAGUUUUGAGAGGUUUAAUCUGACUGUGGUGGCGACCGAUCAUGGCAGAACGCCUCUCUGGGGAACCGCCAGUCUUCAGAUCACCGUCAUAGAUGUCAAUGAUAACAGGCCAAUCUUUGUGCGGCCUGCCAAUGGCACUAUCAUGCACAUACUAGAGGAACAGCCUCCUGGGCUGGUGGUGUAUGAAGUGUUUGCCACAGACGAGGAUGAGGGGGUGAACGGAGAAGUCCGGUACAGCUUCCUGCAGACUGGAGCAGGAAAUAGGGACUGGGAGAACUUCCAUAUUGAUGCAGUGAACGGAGUGAUCACCACUGCAGUUAAACUGGACAGAGAGAAACAAGCCCUGUACAGUCUGGUUGUGGUGGCGUAUGACCUCGGGCAGCCCGUCCCAUAUGAGACCAUGCAGCCGCUGCAGGUGGCUCUGUCUGACAUCGACGACAAUGAACCUGUUUUUCUUAAACCUCCGAGAGGAAGUUUGCCAUAUCAGUCUCUGUCUGUACCUGAGCACUCGUCUCCUGGGACCGUUGUGGGGAAUGUGACUGGUGCAGUGGAUGCAGACGAGGGCUCUAAUGCUAUCGUCUACUAUUUCAUUGCAGGAGGAGAUUCUGAGGGAAACUUUGGUAUGAGUGUGGCCGGAGUUCUACGGGUCAAAAAAGACCUGGAUCGGGAAGAAAUCCUAGUGUAUUCCAUCAUCGUUAAAGCUUCCAGUAACCGAAGCUGGUCUCCUCCGAGAAGUCAAAGGUCACAGCGGGCCCAAGUGCUUGACCCAAGCCGUGACCCUACAUUACAGGAAGUAAGAAUCUUCCUUGAGGACAUCAACGACCAGUCUCCAAGAUUCACAAAGAUGGAGUACACUGCAGGUGUGGCUGCAGAUGCUAAAGUGGGCUCAGAUCUGAUCCGGGUUCAAGCGAUUGAUAAUGACAUUGGCAACAACAGUCUUGUUCUUUAUCACAUUCUGUCUAUCCGCUACAUCAAACUGCAUUCCAAUGACUCUGAAGACAUGGGCAACGUCUUCAUCAUUGGUGAGACUGAUGGAAUCAUCCGGACAUUUGACCUGUUUAUGGCUUAUGAUCCGGGUUAUUUUGUGGUGGAGGUUUUGGCGAGAGAUCUGGCAGGACACAGUGACGUGACUCUGGUGGGCAUUUACAUUCUCAGAGACGACCAACGGGUGAAAAUCGUCAUUAAUGAGAUACCAGAGCGUGUCCGACUGUUUCAAGAUGAGUUUAUAAACCUGCUCUCAAACAUCACAGGAGCCAUAGUCAACACUGAUGACGUACAGUUUCAUGUGGAUAAAAAGGGAAGAGUGAACUUCGCUCAAACCGAUGUUCUGAUUCAUGUGGUCAACAAGCAGACCAACCGUAUUCUAGAUGUGGAGAGGGUGAUUCAGAUGAUUGAUGAGAACAAGGAGCAGUUGAGGAAUCUGUUUAGAAACUACAACGUUCUGGAUGUUCAGCCUGCUGUGACUGCUCGUGCCCCUGACGACCUCACCACCUUACAGAUGGCCAUUAUCAUCUUGGCAGUUUUACUCUUCCUUGCUGCCAUGUUGUUUAUCCUGAUGAACUGGUAUUACCGCACAGUGCACAAAAGGAAGCUGAAGGCAGUUGUUGCUGGCUCCAAAGGAAAUCAGGGGUUGAUGGAUAUUCUGGAUAUGCCCAACACAAACAAGUACUCGUUUGAAGGAGCAAAUCCAGUGUGGCUAGAUCCUUUCUGCAGGAAUCUGGAGAUAGCGGCACAGGCGGAGCAUGAGGAUGACCUUCCUGAAGACUUAAGUGACAUUGCUGACCUCUGGAACAGCCCGGCUCGCACACAUGGUACAUUUGGACGUGAGCCUCAGGCCUCUAAACCAGAGGAUGACCGAUAUCUACGAGCUGCUAUUCAGGAGUAUGACAACAUCGCCAAACUCGGGCAAAUCAUGAGAGAGGGGCCCAUCAAGGGCUCGCUGCUAAAGGUGGUUCUGGAUGACUACCUGAGACUCAAAAAGCUGUUUGCUGCCCGCAUGGUCACCAAGUCAACCAGCCACGGUGACCAGCCUUCAGUCACAGAGCUGAUCCAAAGCGACCUGGAUGAAGAUGACGACGAGCGUGUUGGUGUCGGAGGUCGAGGAACCCUUCGCUUCAAGCACAAACUCCCAAUCGAGCUCAGGGGUCCUGACGGGGUGCAUGCGGUUCACGGCAGCACAGGCACGCUGUUGACCUCUGACCUCAACAGCCUGCCUGAAGAUGACCAGCGGGCUCUGGCACGCUCCCUUGAAGCCUUGCAUGCAGAUGGCGGACUGUAUGCCGAACGCAACGCCCGAACAGAAUCUGCAAAAUCCACACCUUUGCACAGAAACAAGGGCAGCCACACUCUGUCUGAGAGUCCGUUAGAGAUCACAGAAUUAUGACUAGCCGAGGCCUCGCUGGUCUGAGAAAACUACAACGUGCAUGGCACUCCUGGCUCUUUGUUUUGAAUGGAAACUCUUUCCUGCGAUGUGGAGAAGCGUUCAGGUUUGUAAGGGCCAGGUGUGAGGAGGGUGUGUAGAUGUGUGUGUGGACCUGGAAUGUACAAAUCAAGGGCAGCUCAUCUUGUCAGGGCUACUUCAAGAGUACUGACACUUUAACCGCACACAAACUACACAAUGGGCAAUGAAUGCACUCUCAGACCAGUGGAAGGCCGAAUACGGACACUAGUUUUUAUUUAGUUACUUUUUCAUAUUUCAGUGGGACACCAGGGAAUAACAUGGUGAUGUAUGUGUAUAAUGAACUGCUUAUGAGAGUAUAUCUCUGGGGCUUUUCACACCGCGAUUAACCCUGGGUUAAACAUUAUUUCACACUUGGAAAUUGAAAAAGGGUUUAACUCUGGGUUCUGAAGCUAGAACAGAGUUGGCACUGUUUAUUGCAGUGCCAUGGGUAUAUAGUGUGAAACAGUGCAGUGCUAGUAAACGUUGAUGAGUUUAACAAAUAGACAACCAGUUGUAAAUGAAUUUAUUCAAAUAUUCAUGCACUACGUAUGGCUGCAGGAAGUAUGUUUAUUCGAAUAGUCAGUGUUUAAAAAUGUUGAACAAUGAUGGUAAACAUGUUAACUGGAGAGAAUAAGAAACAGUAUUAUUUUAUUAUUUUUGUAUGUAUAUUGUUUUUCUAUAGUGUUAAAAUUCACAAAGCACGAUUGCAAAGUUUCUCAUUUUUUAUGCAGGGGUCCCAAACAGUUCCCUUGUCUGCCAUUGUUUUUUCA